AAAAUGAUCGGUUGUUCGGCAACUAUUGGGAAGCGGGUUUAGUUUGAAGUUUACCCACAACGGCUCUUGCAGGCAUGAGAUAUACCGGAUCCAAUCAAUGGCCCAUCCCACUUCACAGUCACAUAAUUUUCAAGGGAAAUAACCAACCCGCAUUUGAGAAUAACAUGCCUGUUCAACCAUUGUUCAUCCUACAAUCAAUGACGCUAUGAUGAUCGAAGUUCGGUAGAGUUCCGUCACGGGUUCCGUCGAAGGUUCCGUAGUAUUGCACUUUUAAAAAACAAAGAAAAAGGAAAACGGAUACUCACAGUCGGAAAACGUCAUUCUGACAGAAUCACGAAGAGGAAUGUUUUGAGCAAGGAAAAUAUGUUAAUUCACAUAUGAUUGCUAAGAAUAUCAGCCAGAAGGUCCCUGUUGUGGUUGACAAGACGAUGAACGUGUGUGAAUUAUACAAAAUAAUCAUCUGUCGAUCGUACAUUUGAGUUUUAUAUUUUUGGGACUGCUGUCAAGGUGAAUUGGUUAAAUGAAAAUACGAGGUCGUAGAGACGAAACCGCGAAUGCGAUGGAAGACUACAAGUUCCUCUUCAAAGUUGUUCUUGUGGGUAAUGCGGGGGUCGGGAAAACAUGUUUAGUUCGACGAUUCACUCAGGGGCUGUUUCCACCCGGCCAAGGUGCUACAAUCGGGGUUGAUUUUAUGAUAAAAACUGUGGAGGUAGAAAAUGAGAAAGUUAAGCUGCAAAUUUGGGAUACAGCGGGUCAAGAGCGAUUCCGAUCCAUCACCCAAAGCUAUUACAGAUCUGCACAUGCUUUAAUUUUAGUCUACGAUAUCUCUUGUCAGCCAACAUUUGACUGUCUUCCUGACUGGCUAAGAGAAAUCGAAGAAUAUGCUAGUAACAAAGUGCUGAGGAUAUUAGUUGGUAAUAAAAUUGAUCGAGAAGAUAGAGAAAUACCGACUCACGUUGGCGAAGACUUUGCGCAAAGGCACAGCAUGUAUUUUUUGGAAACAUCAGCCAAGGAGGCCGAAAACGUGGAGAGAUUAUUCAUGGAAAUUGCUGCGGAACUCAUGGAGCAAGCAAGAAGCAAGGAAUUACCAAGGUAUGAAACAAACGCUACCUCAAUUAACGGCAAAACAACUUCUAUCGGUGAUAGCAGCAAUUGCGGUUGUAGUCGCUAAUCAUAAACAAUAUUAAUCGUUAUCAAGAUGCUCUUAUUACUUGUUUCAUUAAUUGAUUAAUGUUACUGGUAUUGCAUGUUGUAUUAAAAGCAGCUUGAAUCGAGAGUGUGAUGUUAACUCUUUAAAAAAAACACGAGGUAGUAAGAGCCCGUUAAUUUUUUUCAACGUACGUUCGUUAUAUUUGCCUUUCGAAUUUUAUAUUUAUUACCUAAUGAAAAACAAACUCGGAUUGAAUCAUAAUGCACAUGGUCAAAAAACUACAAGUGUCUCAGAAACAGGAAAUUCUUGUUGUUGAAUGAUUAUGACACUUGCAUUGUGCAUUUCUGUUUUGAAAAUUCAUUUUCUAGCUUCAAUUGAACGAAGAUUUUGGACAUGAAUGAGAUACACUUGAUGUAAAUUCUCUGUCUAUGAUUAUCAUGAUGAGCAUUUAAAUUUGUAUAAACGAACUUAUCAAAACUAUGUUAUGUUUGAUGAGAAGAUUACUUCUUCAAGUUUCCAAUCGAGAUUUUAAUUCAUUUACAUGUAUAGCUCAUUCUAAUUCAUUGUUGAUAUCAUUUUAAUACUAUAUUUUUCCUUAACAAUUAUUUACCAUAAUAACUAGCUUCGUUUUUACUCCGUCUUCAAAUUGUUGAACACGUUACAUGUUUAUUUAUUUAUUCUCAUUUAUCUAUUUAUUUCUUCUAAUCUUCUAUGAAUUUUUAACCCAUAUUACACCCCUGUUUAUCAUGCAACUUGGUGUACAGCGGAAAAUUUUUAUUAACUCUGCAAGCUGCAGUAGAAUCCAUAUUAUUUAGGAGCUGAUGAGGAUACCAAAAAAAAAAAUAUGCAAUAAUAAUCCGUAACACAGUAUACAGUAGUCAAUUAUUACAGAAUAUGUGAUUUUAAACUUUAUAACGGUAAAACAUCACUGUUCUAUUACUCAGCAGUAACUCUAGAUUAUACAUAGGUAGGUAUAAUUGCUAUUGCAAACUCUUGAAAGGCAAAAAUUAAACGAGAAGUACAGAAUGAAAUUGGGGCGCCUUUCGUACUAUGAUCGAAUCGAUAUUCCUCAAUGCUUAUCCAUCAUUGCGUAAAGUUGGAAGCAUUUGUUUUUUCAUGACAAAAGCUGAAAUCAAGAUUCGAUGUAGCUUUUUUCAAUUCAUCAGUUAUGCGUAGUUUUUGUCCCAUGAAAUCUAGUAAAAAAGGUGCUAAUUUUGACCACGAUUCAAUGAGAGAAAAAACAUAUCAUUUGUUUUGUCAUUUAUAAAUAAUGAUUACGUGUAAGACUAUCGUGUGAUGAAUGGUGUAAGUGUUUGAACGGAACUUUUUUAAUUACAAGAUAUAUAAAAGCUCGUUGCCUGGCAAUUCAUAAUAGCUGUUAAAAUGGAUAAAUAACAUCACUAUAUUCGAUAUUUAGGCCAAAAUUGUCACUGAAUCUUGUCAUUCUAUUAUUACUUUAACAUAAUGAUAAUAAUUAUCUUUAAAUCGCUGACCAACUAAACAGUGGAAUUUGUAUCAAGGCUCCGUACUUAAUUCUUGAAAUGAAAAAUAUUCGACUCAAUACUAAAUAUUUCGCGUACGUCAAUUUUAAACACUGUCAAUCACUAGUUCAAGUCAUUCGAGACAUGGACUUAUGAAUUCAUAUUACAUGCGUAUAUUACAAUUAAAUCGCGAAUACACAUACAUUAAUUUAUCUGUACAGCAAACGAAUUAAGAAAAACAUUUCGCUUUCAUAAUUGUGUCCAGGCACACAUACAUAUAAGCUUGUCGCGGGACUGACUCAUUAUUAAUUUAAAGUGUUACAGUAGGGCAUUUCUUGUUACGUGCAGCAACUCACAAGAAUAAUUAUGAAACGUUGCAAGGCUUAGAAUACUUCUUGAAGCUUUGAAAAAGAUAUGUUCCCGCCGCAAAUAAUUGAUGACGUGUUCGUGUUUGAAAAUAACUUAAUAAUGGAAAAACUAUAAUUACACGCAGUGGAGAUUCUUCUUCGUUGUUCUGUAAAUACUCUUUAUUUUAGAGCUUGGACUCACUCUAUUUUAACGAAUGAAUAUCCUUUUAGAAAUACGCUUCGAUAUAAAUGAUUUUGCGCAAUGCAUUUUAUUGUUAAGUAUAGAGUGCUCGGCGUGCUUUGCUCGUGAUUGAAAAAUUGACUUUAAUGAAACCAGUGAGAGAUUUAUUGUAAUUCACUCUAAACUGGAUUAGCAUUUGCUUGUAUUUUAUCUUGCGAACUAGUAUUAUUUUUCAAGUUUCAUUAUAAAACGCUAAUAACCAAAUCAAAGUGACCAAUGUCUUGUAAUUAUUUAAUAAAAAUUAACUUGACGUAUCAAGAA